AUGCGGAAGAAUUUUCAGUUUAAAGUAAAGAAGUCGACGUCGGAGCUAUAUAUACUGCGGUGCGUUCAUGCUGAUUGCACGUGGAGACUUCGAGCUACCAAGCUAAAGGAAUGCACUUUGUUCAAGAUAAAAAAAUAUUGUGCUGCCCAUAYGUGCUAUGGUGGAGCUUUAAAACAUGAUCAUAGGCAAGCCAAAAGUUGGGUGGUAGGACAUCUUGUGCAAGAGAAGUUCACAGACGUCUCCCGCACGUAUAGACCGAAGGACAUUAUACAAGACAUGAGAAAGGAGUAUGGUGUCAAUUUAAGUUAUGAUAGAGCAUGGCGUUCUAGUGAAGAAGCACUCCGGCUUAUUAGAGGUGAUCCAGCAUCGUCAUAUGGUCUACUUCCAACUUAUGGUAAAGCUUUGAAAAUCAUGAACUCAGUGUUGGUUGUUGACGGGUCCCACCUAAAGGGGAAGUUCAGAGGGGUAUUGUUAUCAGCUUCUGGUGUCGAUACGAAUAAUCAGAUUUACCCGGUAGCAUUUGCGAUUGUCGACGGUGAGACGGUAGCAUCAUGGGUGUGGUUUAUGACUCAAAUAAAACGUGCGCUCGCUGGAGUUGAUAAUUUGGUUUUCGUUUCUGAUAGACAUCAAACCAUUUGCAAGGCAAUCGACAAGGUAUUUCCUGCUGCAUUUCAUUGCUUUUGUAUACAGCAUAUCAAGGUCAACUUGAUAGCAAAAUUUAAAAACGAUGCGAAGGCAGUUGAGGAACUAUUUUUAAAGGCUGCAAAGGCGUAUCCGAGUCAUAUUUCAACUCGAUCUGGGCCCAACUUCGUGCAUACCCCGGUGUACGGGAAUAUUUAG